AUGCCUAAGUCGGUAAUUGCUGCUUAUAGCAAUUUAUUCCUGUUGCUGAAGCUGUUACUGGAAGCAGCAGCUGUGCAGCUUAUCAGGAAUUAUGAUAAUAUUCCAUUAGUGGCCAACAGUAAUUUUGUGAGCAGCAUCGUGAUAAUAGCCUCUGUUGUGGUAGAGCAGAUUUGUGAUUCAUCUGAACCAAAUAAAAAUGUGAUACUAUUGUCUUUCCUCAAGCAUACCAUUUACUUCUUUGAGUGUCUUUAUGACCCAUAUUUUGUGUGGAGGAAGCGGCUUAGAAAGUGUACAGUUGACAAAAGCCAUCUAAAUAUCCAACCUGCAUUGCUCCAUGUUGAAGUUAUUCCAUAUUUUCACGAAUGUUUUCAAAAAAAGUACCUGCCAGAAGAAACUCAAAUUCAUUUAUUGCAUAUGUUUGGUGGUGUUAUGUCAGGGGACCAGCACAAUGCCUUACGGUCAAUCACUCCAGCCACGUUGGAUGUCUUGUUAAAAGCUUUGUCUUCUCAGAAGCCCCAAAACGAACUAGAUAUUCCAGCCAGGUGGGCAAUUCCACUGAAGGAAGUGGUUCUCAAAUGCAUUGUUCGGAUGGUGCAUGUUAUUCAUUGUUCCUGUCCAGACCAGAGACAAGUUGAAGUAGGUCAAAUGUUAGAAGGCUACUUAAGUGUUUUGCUGUCAUAUGGCAGUGAAGUCACCAACAAUGACAGUGGAGGGCUUCUUCUUAUGUUAAACAUUUUAGAAACAAUUAACGAGAUGCUGCUGUGCCGAGAUCGAAAAGCAUUGCAAGUAAUCUUGGUUACCUGUGGAACCAUUGAUGCAUUCAUAAAACUCCUUCACGAGACUUUGCUUACUGGUGCUAAAGCUCAAAGACUGGCUGUGGAAAUCCUUGAUGUCGUCAAUAUGAUUCUGUUGGGUUCGCCAAGUGCCAAGGCGAAGUUCCAGUUGAACAAUGGCUAUACUAAGCUUCUAGAAUCUUUAAAAUGUCUGGGUCAACCUUCAAUGGACCUACUUAAAUUAAUUUUAAAUUUGGUUGUUGAAGAUGUGUUUGACGACCACAAAUUGCAAAACAUUCGGAAUGUGCCGGCUGCCAAACUCCUUCUUCACUGGUUACCUGAUAUCCAGUCUGCUGAUCUUCAAGUGUGGUUGUCCAAAAAGUUGCAGUUGUUAUGUUGCCAUGGUCAUAUUAACUUAAUGAACUGCUGUAACGAAGGACUAAUCGGUUCCAUUUUGACUGCUUUGAAGAGAGAGAAACAAAUAACUUAUAAAGCUGUCUACAAUCUGAUCCAUCUCCUGGAAACCAUGGCAACUUUAUCAAUCUCAUCUCUGGAGCUGAAACAGCUGAUAGGUUUAUUGCGAAUUGAUGAAGAAGACAAAAUGAUACCGUACUGCAGUCGACUGUUAAAAGCUAUGUCUACAAUGGCUCGGCGAGAUGGAAGGGAUGAAUCCUUACACUUCUUUUGUAUCCAAGAACCAGGAGCUGGCAUCUCCAUUCCGUGCAUUAAGAAGUGGCCUGGGGCUGGUUUCUCUUUCCAUUCAUGGGUCUGCUUGGACAACGAAGUCAAUGUAUCUGAGUUUAACUUGUACGACACAAAAACAUACCGUAGACAGCUUUACAGUUUCUCAACAAGUUCUGGCAAUGGUUUUGAAGCGUUCUUCACUUCAGAAGGUAUCCUUGUGGUCGCUGUGUAUAACCGGAAAGAUCACUCGAGUGUAUCACUCACAGAUUAUCCGUUUAAAGAUUCACAUUGGCAUUGUCUUGACAUUGUUCAUACUAAUUCUCGUAGACCAUUUACUAACAGUCAGUUGGCUAUAUACGUUGAUGGUUUCUUGAAACUAAAUGUCCAACUUAAAUUUCCUACUACAACUGAGGCCUUCUCAUCCUGUAAAAUUGGCUCAGCUGGUCUGAGAUCUGUAGAAUUCCUUGUGGACAUGUCUCCAGUUUCCCCCACAGUUCCAGAACGUAGAAGAAGUGCUUCACUUAAAUUCUUCAACUUUAGCUCUUCAACAAGAUCAGAUUAUCCGUCUGAGGUGACCAAUCUUCUUGGAGGCACCCAAGAUGAUACUUGGGGCCAACCAAUUGCUCUGAUGGGUCUACUUGGUUCAGUGUGUGUCUUCCAUGAACCUUUACAGCCAGGUGAAAUAAAGAGUCUGUAUAGUCAUGGCCCCAACUAUUCGAACAUAUUCACUGAAGAUGGAGACUUUUCUGAUCUUCCAGGGAAACUUUUGCUUUACUACAAUGCAAAGGCUUGUAAAGAUGGUUUCUGUAUUGAUCUCUCUUUCAACCAAAACCAUGGACAGCUACAUGGCUACAAGUGUAUCACAUGGGAUAUCAAGGAUGUGAUCAACUGUAUUGGUGGUAUUCAGAUUUUGUUUCCCUUACUUGAACAUAUCAACAAAUGUCAUCAUUUAUCUGCUGAAGUUCUUGAAGCUGGCAUGGAUAACAACUUCAAUCGUAACCCUAUAGAGAGGUCUGUUUCAGAUCCAAAUGAAGAAUGGGUUUUGGUUCAGCACAAUUCUUCAACAGAUGCCAAGCUGGAGCAGAAUCAGGUGGCAGCAUUCCUAACUUUAUUAAGGAACAUGCUUCAGACCAAAACCAAAAACCAAGAUUCUUUUAUCCGAACACAUGGUGCUGCAACUGUUGGAGCUUUGCUGCAAAAGGUGAACUCUGAGCUGAUUGAUGUCCAUGUACUGAUGGCUGUUCAACUUCUCAUUGAAGCAGCUGCGACCACCGACACCAUGCUACUACGCCACCUCUACCAGUUUAUAUUAUUUGAUUUCAGAGUUUGGAGCCGGAGUGACUUUCCAGUUCGGAUAGGUCAUAUCCAGUACCUGGCUACGAUAAUCAAAGAUGACCGAAAGCUCUUCCGUAAAAAAUAUGGUGUUCAGUACAUUCUUGAUGUUAUCAGAACCUAUUACAGUAGUGUAACUGAAGGUAGUCUAACAAAGGAAGACACAAAGACAAUACGUGUGUCGUUGCUGGGCUUGAUAAAAUUUUACAUCUCCAAAGACAUUACAUUUGACGAACUCUCACAGAUUAUGGCUUUUCUGCUGAAUGUUAAAGAAGAAGACUUGAAAUGUGAAGUGUUAGAUAUAUUGUUGAUGUUGAUGGAAAAUCCACGGAGAAAACCUGAUCAAUUGAUUUUGCUCCUGUUUGAACCCGACAUGUCUGAACUCCUCUAUAUUCUUCUCAUUGAUACUCAAUACUCCAACAAACUGACUGAACGCAUUCUUAAGUUAUUCUACAUCUUAUUAACUACAGACAAAGUCUAUGACAAAAGCAAGAAUCGGUUGCGUCUACAAGAGAUGGGCUAUGUCGGCAUGUUGAGUAUGAUGAGAGAGAGACCGAUCUCUUUACCUGUUGCUAAACUAAUGUUAAAGCAACUCAUGCUCUCAGGUAUGAAAGCAAGUAUUUUCCGUGAUUCCAGCCAAUGUUAUUCUGCCAUCUUAGGACUGAUGCAGUUAAUCCAAGAAAGUGACAUCAGUAUUAAGCUGGAAUGCAGUAAGCAGAUUCUUAAAAUGUUGGUGACUGUAAAUGGUGCUGCCAAGAACUUUGCCAAACAACUAUGCUGGCAGGAAAUUUUAUGCAAAUUAUUUAUUUAUUAUCCCAAAUCCACGUGUACCUUGUCCAAUUCUUUUUCCCAUCCAAUAUUAAAAGCCAGCGAAGACUGCACCCUGAAGAUGCCCUCAUCCGUUUCCAGUUAUGUGAUCUCAAAAUCUGGCGAAGAUUUAGGGAAUGAUGUUGAGGUUAGUUCCCAAAAGAUGUUUCUAGAUAUUCGACCAUCCGCACCCCCUCAGUCAUUACUGUCACCUUGCAGCCUUGUUGGCACGCCUAUGUAUGAUCAACUGAAGUCUGAAUACUGGGGAUUAGAAGAUACGGAAGACAGGGAGAGGUCAAUGAGCCGUAGCUCGAGCACCAGUAUCGAAGAUCUGAGCAGUCUGAGAGGGGGCGUGAAGAGCGCGGAGUGCCUGUCAAAUGGAUUGAUACCUCAUAGCGAGAGUUUCAUCGACAUUCCUACCGUGCCAGAAGAAGCUGAACAUGAAGAGUUUAUUCAGAACCGUAAACCCUCAGUGCAAGAGGCCGAGGCUUUCCAGAAAGCAUUGGAUAGUCUUGGCAUUCCAAAGAUUUAUGUGCAGGAGUCUGUAGACAAAAACGAUGAGUUUAUGGAGAAUAUGUUGAUGGUACUGGCAUUGAUAACAAUGAAAGGUGUUGAGGGCUCUGAUAAAGCAGCUUGGAGGGAAAGGGGUCAGGUGUUCUCUUGCCUUGAUAAAAUGAACCAAUCGUAUGAACUCCUGAAGCAUCCAAAUGAGUUAAAGCGCCGUCUUCUUGAAAUAUUGCUCAUCUCAUGCACCUACUAUGUGCGGGAUUCAGGUCAAUCCAUGGCUUACCACACAGAAAAUGCUGUUGAAUUAAUCAAGAUUGUACAGGAUUUCAUUAUGGAUAACAUCAAUGGUAGUGACUUUGUAUACAGUGAAAGGUUGGUAGAAGAUGUUAUGGCUUUGCUGGAAGCUUUAUCUGUCUGGGACACUCAAUCAGAAUCAGAAUGGCGAGAAAUGGUUCAUAUUGGGUUCCGGAUCUUAUUAUCAUUUGCUUGUCGACCAGAACUUGAGUUGUGUGCAGUUGCAACAGCUCGAUUGCAUUCAUUGGUGCAGACGAGAAUCUUAACAAGUUCAGCUGAAGCCUCUUACCUUGUGGGGACACUGUACAAUCACUUGCAGCUUGCAAUAAAUGAAAACAGCGAUACUUACUCUUUUGUUAUCCCAGUGUUAAAAGCUCUCAUUGACAAAUCUUACACACUGCUGAAUAUGGAAAUCUACCUGCCACAUUUGCCACCAACUUCAAGAAGUCCAACAUUUUUUGAUGAUUUCCGUGUAUAUUGUCAAGAGAAAGAAUGGUCAGAUUUUGUUAGCACUCAGAUCAACCCUCAGUUACAACAAUUCAUUGAAAAAAUCUUUUUGGAACACCAAUCAGCGAUGAUCGAAUUCUGGAGUGAAUGCCAUGAACAGAUGAUGUUGAACAAACACAAACGAAACCUGGAGCAGGGAAAGAGCAAACUUGCUUUCCAGAGUCAGAUUGUGGAUGUUGCCAAAUCUAAGGUAUCUCAAGAACAUCGCCGAUUCCAGAACGUCACAACACAACUCCGCAACCAACACAAUGCAGUGAUGAGGCAGUGGAGAGCAACAAAACGUUUCUUUCUAGCAAAACGUGGGGCCUGGUCUGAUGAAUCUUCUGAAUGCAAACACUGGAAACUAUCAAACCAGGAGAAUUUCUCUCGCAUGCGAGUUAAGUUAGUGCCAAAUUACAACUUUGAUCCUCACACAGAACCAAGCCGCCUUCGGGACAAUCAAGACCUGCUAGAUAAAUCAGAGGAAGAUGGACUGCAGAAACUUGAACUUGCCAAAGAAGCUUUAGUUUCCAGAGAAAAUAUAGCUGACGAUGCGUUGGGAGAUGAAGAUUGGAAUGUUAUCAGUUCAGCUAAUAUGACCGGUGAAGAAUACUCUGGUAAAGAGAAGCUUGUUCUACUUGAAGACUGUGAGCUAGUUACUAUGGUGGAUGUUAUCAAAGGUCGUCUGGAGGUUACUACAACAUACGUAUACUUCUUUGACUGCAGUCCUAUGAAAGAAGAAGGUGGAGAAGAUUUUAAGUGGAACCUAUCUCAACUGCGAGAGAUUCACUUCAGACGUUACAAUCUACGAAGAAGUGCCUUGGAAUUAUUCCUGAUUGACCAAACUAAUUACUUUUUAAAUUUUGAAAAAAAGGUUCGUAACAAAGUUUACAGUCGAAUACUCAGCCUUCGACCUCCCAAUCUCAUCUAUCAUGGUACGAGAUCACCAGCAGAAUUAUUAAAAGCUUCGGGACUAACACAGAAAUGGGUGCAGAGAGAAAUCUCCAAUUUUGAUUAUCUGAUGCAGUUAAACACAAUUGCUGGGCGGACAUACAAUGAUCUGAGCCAGUACCCAGUUUUUCCUUGGAUAAUAUGUGACUACACAUCUUCAACUUUGGACAUUGAUGACCCUUCAAUCUAUCGUGACCUCUCCAAGCCUAUUGGUGCUGUUAAUCCCAAACAUGAAGAAGAAAUCAGGGAAAAAUUUGACUUGUUUGAAGACCCCAGUGGUACAGUGGAGAAGUUCCAUUAUGGUACUCACUACUCCAAUGCUGCCGGAGUCCAACAUUACAUGAUUCGACUGGAACCUUUCACCACAUUACAUAUACAGCUGCAAAGUGACAGAUUUGAUGUUGCUGAUCGCCAGUUCCAUUCCAUACCAUCUUCAUGGCAGUCGAUUUAUGAAAAUCCAAAUGAUGUCAAAGAACUUAUUCCUGAAUUUUUCUACCUUCCUGAAUUUCUGUAUAAUAUGAACAACUUUGAUCUCGGUACUCUUCAAGUCACUAAAGAACGUGUUCACGAUGUUAUUUUACCAAACUGGGCCAAAACAGCUGAAGAAUUCAUUUACCAACACAAAAAAGCUCUGGAAUCAGAAUUUGUCUCUAGUCAACUUCAUAACUGGAUAGACUUAAUAUUCGGUUACAAACAGAAAGGACCUGCUGCUAUUGAAGCACUUAAUGUUUUUUACUAUUGUACAUAUGAAGGUGCUGUUGAUUUGGAUGCUGUAAAAGACCUAACAGAAAGGAAAGCUCUAGAAGGGAUGAUCAACAAUUUUGGCCAAACCCCAUGUCAGCUACUGAAGGAAUUACACCCAAAGAGAUUAAGCUUUGAGGAAGUUUCUUCCCGAGCAAGCAAAUCAGAGAAGCCUUUGAGUAUACUAAACUUUAUAAAUCAGCUGAAGACCUAUUUCGUCGAGGUGUCUGACAGCAAUGAUCCUGUCGUUUAUAUAAGUGUGCCAAGGAUACAGACACGCUCUAUCAUUCAACAUGGCAUGCCUGAUAGUAUGAUAACUUUGACUGAGGAUCGAGUCCUUGGUGUCCAUGGUUGGCUGUGUUAUGAUAAAUCUAUUUCCCACUAUUUCACCUUUGAAAAAGAUCCUUCUCUGGCAAACAACAAGACAAAGAAAAGGUUACCAGGGGCUUUUUCACCUGGUCUGAAAGUAGAACCGAAGCUGUUUGUGGUCUCCCAUGAUGCUCGUCUUCUGUUCACUGGGGGCCAUUGGGACAACAGCCUCCAAGUGUUUCAUUUAAGCAAAUCAAAGAAAGUCAACCACAUUAUUGGACACAUUGAUGUUGUCACCUGCCUAGCACUUGGUUAUUGUGGAAGUCACUUGAUUACUGGCUCCAGAGAUACAACUUGUAUGAUCUGGAAGGUAUUGUUUCAGGCUGGGAAUGCUUGCAGCUUAUCCAGUAAACCAAGCCAGAUCCUCUAUGGUCAUGAUGAUGAAGUCACUGCUGUACAUAUUUCUACUGAGCUUGAUAUGGCUGUGUCUGCAUCCAGGGAUGGUACUGUUAUCAUUCACACUGUUCGUAAAGGACACUACAUGAGAACUCUGCAGCCACCUUGCGAUCCAACAGAUUGUUUAAAUAUACCUCAAAUUGAUGUGGCAGAUAAUGGCCAAAUUUGCCUUUUCUGUGAACAUUAUCAGACACCAAGAACUACUACCAAAUAUUCUCUCCAAUUGUAUACAAUUAAUGGUAAACAUCUCUUCCAACACCAAGUUUCCCAUGCCAUUCACCAUAUGGCUAUUGGUGAAGAUUACCUCGUUACUGGCAAUGAUCAAGGAUAUCUCACUAUUUAUGAACUUUUUGGACUUGCUGUAAUCACAACAAUUCCCUUGCUGGUGCCAAUACAGUGCAUUGCAUUCACACCUGGUAACACCCACAUUCUUGUCGCUCUCCGUGAUGGCAAACUCAUAAUUGUUGGGACCAAAAGUAAAGCUGAGAUAAAAUAGACCAUCUUCCUUUUAGGACCCACAUUCUGGAACAUCUAUCUGUAAACGACCCCUUAAAGCUAUUUGGCAGUUCUAAUGAAACUUCGUGCAGUUGCUCGUAGCUCAUUAGGAAAUUUACUGCAGCUCCUUGGUGAUCAUUAUAAAACUCCUUGCAGUGGUUAUAGUGGAAACUCCUUGGGGGAUGCUUGACAGUCAUAGAGAAACUCCUAUUUCGUGUUUGGGGGUACCAUAAGGAAGCUCUUCAUGAGCACUUGAGGGGGUUAUGGUAAAAAUACUUUGCAGCUCCUAGAGAAGGUUUAUGAAAUAUUUUAGAGCUUCGUGAAACUCCAGGAAGCACCUUGGUGCUUACAUUGUCUUCAGUUUCCUACAGGUGUAAGCUAUAUGCUUCUAUGUACAGAUGACUGACACCCAACACACUUUGGAAUUAGCAAUGGCCUUGUCUUCCUCAUGGACUUUUACUGACGACAUACAUAAUUUAUAAUGGACUUUGCACAUUUUGAAAGAUCUCUGUUCGAUCCACACAUUGUGUGUGUGUGUGUGUGUGUGUGUAAAUAGUAUUUUGUAUACAAAAUAACUACCAAUUUUUAAACUUUGCUUAUGUGUAUGAGAGUGUAUAUACACCAAUAUACACACAUUAUAGAUAUACGUGUGAAUUUUUAAAUCAGUGUGUGUGUAUAUAUAUAUAUAUGUAUAUGUGUGUGUGUAUAUAUAUAUAUAUAUAUAUAUGUGUGUAUGUAUAUAUAUAUAUAUAUAUAUAUAUAUGUGUGUAUGUAUAUAUAUAUAUCUAUGUGUGUAUGUAUAUAUAUAUAUCUAUGUGUGUAUGUAUAUAUAUAUCUAUGUGUAUGCAUAUGUAUAUGUAUGCAUAUAUAUAUAUAUAUAUAUAUAUGAAUUCAUUUUAUAAGUAAAGAUAUAUGCUGAUAAUGUGUUUAGAUAAAAUGUUCAAUUAUAACGGAGAAGCAAACACUAAAAGAAGAAUUCAUGGAAUGAAAAUCAACAAAAGUUCUUGAUGAAAUUCUUCUCUCCUGUUCUAAAAACUUUUCUUCCAAAUGUUAACCAACAGAGAAUAAUUGCAUAAUUAAUGUAAAAAUGGAGCUUUAAAUAUGAAACAUAAAUGUUUGGGGGAGAUAGAUUUUAUUACUGGGUGUUUUACUGCUGAAAAAUAAGAAAAAAGCACAUAUGAACUUUAUGAUAGUGACUUGGCAGAAGAUUUGACCAUUUCUUUGUUCUAUUUAUUGCUGCACUUUUGACAGGGUUGAUAGUCUGGGAUAGAAUAUUUUAUGUGUGUAUUGGUAUGUAUAUACAUGAUAUACAUAUAUAAGUAUGUAUAUAUAUAUAUCAUGUGAUUGACUAGACUAUCAGAUGUUGUUAUACAUCGCUGGUCACAAUGCGCUUUGCAUUAUUGUUUCAGGUUUUGAAUGAUAUCUCCUUGCUGGCUUGGCUAUCAGGCCUAUAUAUAUAUAUAUAUAUAUAUAUAUAUAUAAACCCACAUACAGCAUGGCCACUGCCCCUGGCUGAAACAAAUAGUAUGUAUGAAAGAGAGAGAUACUGUGUUGGAGAGGAAGCAUCUAACCCAUGCAAGCAUAGAAAUGUAGAUGUAAAUAUGAUGUGGGUGGUAAAAAAAAAUGAACUAAGGGAGAUAACUCAGUGGCUAGAGAUAGAUUUGAACAGCCAAGACAAAUCAGGGUAUAUUAAACAACAUAUAAAAAAAAUUCCUAAUUUAUUGAAAUUAUCUCCCUUCCCAGGGAGGAGAUACCAAUCACUUGGUGCUUGUUGAUACCAACUUCAAUUUAGAAAGGAAGAUCAUUUCAAGAAUUUAGAAUUCCUCAGAAACAAUUCGAUUCUCUGAAGGCAGGAGGGCAGCUUUGGACACACGUUUGUUUUGGCAUUGUCCACUCAGCAAUUGUUCGACAUUAUCUUCAGCUGACAAGAUAUGUGGACAUAUGCAAAUAAGAGUUGAACUCAUUAAUGGCUCAGGUAAUUUGCAUAAUAAAUGAAAUGCAAAUGAGCUGAAAGAAAUAACUCAGAUUGCCCUGUGGAAUUCAUUUAAACAUCAGAUUGGAGCCUGGUGUAGCCAUCUGGUUCACCAGUCCUCAAUCAAAUCGUCCAACCCAUGCUAGCAUGGAAAGCAGACAUUAAAUGAUGAUGAUGACUAAAGGGACAUUGGGUGACAUGUAAAAUAAGUUCUUUCAUCAUUUCAGUCAUUAGAUUGUGGCCAUGCUGGAGCACCACCUUGAAAAAUUUUAGUUCAACAAAUUGACCCCAGGGCUUUUUUUUUUAAAGUCUGGUACUUAUUCUAUUUGUCUCUUUUCCCAAUAAGUCACAGGAUGUAAACACACCAACACCGGUUUCCAAAUGGUGGUGGGAGACAAACUCACGCGUGCAACAGGUUUCUUUCAGUUUCUGUCUACAAUAUUCACUCACAAGACUGUUUCGUUUGAGGGCAUAGUAAAAGACACUUGCCCAAGGUGCCAUACAGUGGUACUGAACCUGAAACUGUGUGGUUGAAAAGGAAACUUCUUACCACACAACCACACCUGCACCUAUGUGAUUUCUUGAUUUUUUGAAAUUAUCUCUUUCCAGAGAGAAUAAUCCAGUUUGAUUACAAUUGGUGUCGACUCCAAAUGUGAUGGGGGAAUAAUCUCAAGAAUCAAGGAUUUUCUCCCAGACAGACAUGCCAUUAAGGAUAAGAGUCUGUAAUUUUGAAAAAAAUGUAUCGAGGGUGGGGGGGUUAAUUUUAUGGAAAAGAUAUGGUUUGGAAUGAACUGUUGAGUAUGUUAUGGUAAGACAAAGAGGGGAAAAUCCGAACACACAUUACCUAUUUAACAGAAAAUUUUACACAAACAUACACACACGUGUAUAUAUUCUACUGUUGAUAUCUGAAUUUGUGUAUGUAUACAUAGAAAACCACUCUGAUAUGCAAACUCAUGUAUUAGUUCAUAUAUGAAAGCUGCAUGCAUAUGCACACAUAAGCGAGAGAAAUAUGUAUAUAUAGAGAGAUGCUGUGAUGUGACCUGUGAAAUUUUAUUUUAUUUGGUUUUUAAAUUUGAAUAAUGUAUAAUAAAUAGUUAUAAUUAAUUGUGAACAGGAGUAGUAGGGGGGAGAGCAUCAUAGCCAUGUGUUGACUAGGAUUCUUUUGGAGUGUUUGAAUAAUUCACCUCUGGAAACAGGGUUGUUUUAAUAUUCAUUGUCCUUAAACAAACCUUAUUCAGGGACCUUUUUAUCAAGAUGACCAACUCGACCUGAAGAAAAUUCUAACUGGGCCCCACCUGCAAGGUCAUGUGCUGUUUUUAUCUUGAUAUAAGGUCACCAUGUCACACACAUAUGGUUGUGAUGCAUGUGCCUGGUGUACCCUUAUCAGACGGGUAGUCAUGGUGGGUAUACUGGGCUUUGUGUAUUUGUACCCCAUUGUCACUUUGAUGGCAUACACUGCUCUCUCAUUCAAUAGUAAUAAUAAUAAUUACAACAAUCUGUAGUCCUUUUCAAUGACUCUGGCUGUGACAUAUAUUAAACGGUGAAGACAACUAGAAAUCAUGUUUUUUGGGUUGAGUUCUUGUGGAAAUCUAUUUCUAAGUUAGGUUUGCGAUUAUUCUUUUAUACAGAUCCUUGCCCACCAAACCAAGGAGCUGCAUCCCUCUCCGUAUUCCUUUACAUUUGGUCCAUUCAACAGUGCUUCAUCCAAGCGACUUUUCUCACAAGACAAAAAUAUCCUGUUUUUUUUAGUAUUUUUUUUUUUAAACCUGACUGGUGGAAAUGUUCAUUCGGGACUGUUAAGUUUUUUUUUUUUUUCAUAUAUAAGUUUUUUUAAAUAUUUUAAUUUAAUUUGUUAUUUUUCUUCAACUUAAUUUUUUUUUUAGAUGUUUUAGCAAUAUCUUCUGGGUGCAGGGUGGAUACAAGAUCAUCCAACCUGAAGUACAAAACAUAAAAUAAAAUAAAAAGUAAUUAAAAAAUAAAAAAAUUAAUAUAAGCUGGAUGUAUAUAUUAAUCGAAAUACACAGAUACCAAAUUAGGAAUUAAUGAUGAUGAAAAUAACAAAAUGAAAAAAAAAUUAUAAAUUAAUUAAUAAGAAUUAUUUCAUAACAGAAAUUAAGCUUUACAUCUUUUUGUGGAAAAAAAAAAGAUUACUGAAUAAAAUUGAUUUAUGUUUUAAAUAUU